AUGGUGAACAGCUUGUGGUUCAAAUGGAAGGCUCUGCGCCUGCCCUGGAGGAAAUCUUUUUUAGUCGGCCAGGAUCUCGCCGGCAACACCUUCUGGGAGUUCAAAGAUGUCUUGAAUGCAGCUCGUUACCGCCGAAUCGUCCGAUUUGAUCCGAAAACACAUUUCAGUGAUGUUCAAGUGACACCACAAUGGCACCAAUGGCUACGACAUGUCCGGCAACAUCCUCCGAGCAUCGAAGAGCAGAAACAGGAUCUCGUCCGCCAAGCGCAAAUCAAACAACUCGCCCGACUUGCCGACGAACGCUGGGCCAGCAAAGCCUCUUUCCUGGAUAAACCCAAGACCCAACAAGGAGGAACAGCGACUCAGCCCGGUGGUCCCAGCUUGAGCCAUCCAACUGCCAAUACCCAGACCGCGCAGGAUGCACCGGCAUCUACCGCACCGCCCAAUGCGCCACGGGCGGACCCUGCCUCUACAAAGCCAGAGACGAAAAAGGAGGAGAACCCAUGGGCCAAGGCCAGCAAGAACAACCCAGGCGAGGAGUGGCAGCCUGAGGCGUGGUCACCUAGUUCCAAGCGGUAA